AUGUCUUCUAGUGGAUCUGUUGCAGACACUAAGGAGACCAAAAAUGACGUUUUAAUAGAUCCAAAAGACCUCGACUGGGAUGGACCAGAUGAUCUUGAUAACCCACACAACUGGCCAGCUUGGAAGAAAUGGUACACCACUAUGACUGCUGCCAUAUUAUGUUUGGUCGUGACUAUGGGAUCGUCCCUUUUCGUUACAGGUGUUCCAGAUCUGGUGGUCAGAUAUGGGAUAAGCCAAACCCUGGCGUUGUCUGGUUUAACUUUUUAUCUUUUAGGACUUUCAACCGUUAUCGGUGCUCCUUUGAGUGAAGUUUUUGGACGUAAACCAGUCUACUUGUUUUCUUUACCUCUUUCUAUGCUUUUUACAAUGGGUGUUGGUUUGUCCAACGGUCAUAUGAGAAUGAUCUUACCCCUCAGAUUUUUGUCCGGUGUGUUUGGUUCACCUGCGUUGUCAAUUGCUUCCGGUACCAUUGUCGAUAUUUUUGAUAUCGAUGAGAUUUCCGUGGCCAUGGCCUUCUUCUGUACUGCUCCUUUCUUGGGGCCCGUCAUCUCCCCUAUCAUUGGUGGUUUUGCAACUGAGAAGGAAACCUGGAGAUGGGCUGUUUGGAUUCAACUUUUCGCUGGUGGUCUGAUUAUGCCAUUCAUUAUACUAAUGCCAGAAACUAACAAAACUGUGUUGCUAAUAAAACGUGCGAAAAAGCGUAAUUUGAACAUCAAGAAACCAAGCAAAGAAGAGCUUCGCGCUUUCUUGAAAAUGACCAUGACAAUUACUGUUUUCAGGCCAAUAAAGAUGUUGUUCGUCGAACCAAUUGUUCUUGUGUUCUCUAUUUAUGUUGCAUUCAUUUUUGCUGUUCUUUUCGGGUUUUUCGAAGCCUACCCAGUUAUCUUCCGUGGUGUCUACAGAAUGUCCAUUGGUGUUUCUGGUUUACCAUUUAUCGGUAUAGGUAUCGGUUUAUGGAUUGGCGCAGUUUUCUAUGUUUGGUAUGAUCGCCGUUAUUUCUUCCCAAAGGCUCCAGCAUCAAUUCCAGAUAGCCCACACCCAGAUAGCAUGCGUACUAGCCCUACAAGAGGUCACAGAGAUGAAGACGGUAACCUUAAGCCAUUGACUCCAGAAGUCUUUUUGAACAUUACUAAAAUUGGCUCAAUUGCCUUACCUAUAGGUUUAUUCUGGUUAGGCUGGACUGCAAGAGAAUCUGUGCACUGGAUGGCUCCAACCGCCGCCGGUGUGCCAUUUGGUUUUGGUUUGAUCCUUAUCUUUUUCUCUGUCAUCAUAUACUUUUCCACCUCUUACCCACCAUUAGUUGUCGCUUCAGCAAUGGCUGCUAACAAUAUGUUGAGAUAUGUCGUAUCAUGUGUCUUCCCAUUGUUCACAGUUCAAAUGUACAAUAACCUUGGAAUUGAUUGGGCAAGUUCUUUGUUCGGUUUCAUUUGCAUUGCUAUGAUCCCAAUCCCAUGGCUGUUUGAGCGUUUUGGUCCAAAGAUGAGAAGCAUUUCUCAAUUUGGCUUCAGUGUAGAAGAUAUGGAAGCACAGGCUGAAGAAGAUAAUGAAGCUCAACAUUCCGCAAUAAUUAACAGAGUUGUAAGCAAUGAAGAAGUUAUUACUCAUAAAGUUCGAUAUGAACAGGAAGGCAAACUUGCCAAAGAUAAUAAUAUUAACAAUAAUAGUACAGAAGAUGCUGCGGAAGCUCUAACUCGAGUUACAACUUAUGAAACAACUGUAUCAAAUGAGAGUGCAGAAAGAGAUAACGACCAAAGCAAUACGCACAGCAAUUCUCUUUUGAUACAACCAAUUAAUGAGAAUCGAGAUGAAAAUUCAGAUAAAGUUUAG